AUGGUGGAGAUUCAAAGAAGAUUCAAGAGAAUUGAGUCGGCUUUCAACGAAGCGGCGGCGCGUGCACGUCGGCCGUGUGAUGAUAGUAGUGGAAGCGAUCACUCGCCGGAGGACACGGCGGACCUUUCGGAUUUGGUGGCUUCGUUCAUCGAGAGAGAUGAACAAAUAAUAUUACCGGUGAAAAAUAAUGAUCUUGAGGAAGAAAUUGAUUCUUGUUCCGACAAUGAUUCGGAAGAUGUGAAGGAGAGGUUACGGAAGCUUCUAGAAGGUUUAUACGGCGGCGAAGAGCGGAUGAGAAUUAUGGCUGCGACGGAGGUUGCUGAAAAGUUUGUUGGAGAUAAUUCUUCUCAUAAACGUCAAUUGAUGGCGUUUCUACGUAACAAGGGUUUUGAUGCAGGUCUUUGCAAAUCACGGUGGGAGAGAUUCGGCAAGAACACAGCCGGAAAAUAUGAGUACGUCGAUGUUCAAUGCAACGGCGGAGAACAUAGCCGUUACAUCGUAGAGACAAACCUCGCCGGAGAAUUUGAGAUAGCCCGACCAACAAAGAGGUACGUCUCACUACUAAACCAAGUGCCACGUGUCUUCGUGGGAACUCCUGCGGAGUUGAAACAGCUCGUGAGGAUCAUGUGCCACGAGAUGAGACGGUCGAUGAAGCACGUGGAGAUCCACGUGCCACCGUGGAGGAGAAAUGGUUACAUGCAAGCUAAGUGGUUCGGUUUCUAUAAACGAACUUCGAAUAACGAAAUGGUUCAUAGUGGUACCGUUGAUACGACAACGUUUAAAGGUUGCAAAGAAGAGUUUUGGAAAGCGAAAGGUCUUAAAGUUAUGGUUGGUCAGCUUACGGUUGCUUUCAACGCUAGUUAG